AGCAGGGUUGCUUCCCUACCCCAGGGGGUCUCCAGCCCCACAGGCGCGACCCAGUUCAUGGCUCCUAUAAUCACUGGAGCAUAGACAGGAUACCUCUUUCCUGCUUUUACUGCCCUCUGGAAUCCCACUACAAGGGUUGGAAGUACGGGGAAACGAAGCUGGGGUGCUAGGAAGAGUCCUCUUAACUGAUGUCGGAAAACCGUUCAAACUCGGAAUAUCCAUGGAAAAGACUAACGGAGGUGCGGCCAGGGGGCUCUCCGGGGUUCUGGCUCUCCCGCCAACAUUUGCUGCGAUUGACUCGAGGUGCCCCGCCCAUGUUAUGGGUGGAGCUUCCACGUGGUUUGUAGGGGAUUAUUAAAACGCCGGCACCUGGUCAUCCUCAUCUCCUUUGGAGCUCUCAUCCAGUCCAGCCAUGAUCCUGUUCUGUCUGCUGUGGGCCUGCGUUUUCACCGCGGUCCAUAUGAAACCAUCCAUUUCUUGCGAGAAUAGCCAAUACUUGAUGAAUGGGAUCUGCUGUAAGAAGUGCUCUCCAGGAACUAAGUUGGUCACUGAUUGCAAUGAGGACACUGAAACCCAGUGCGAGCCUUGUGAAGAGGGCGAGUUUCAGUCUUCCUGGAACCAUGAUAAAUACUGCCAUCAACACAAAUACUGCGAUCCCAAUUUGCACCUCAAGAUUCAGGAGGAAGGCUCCUUGGAAAAGGACACUAUCUGCAUUUGCACAAAAGGUUUUCACUGCACUAGCCCGGAGUGUGAGAGCUGCAGCAGCCAUAGCCCUUGCCCAUCAGGCUUUGGAGUCAAGGAGGCUGGCACAAGUUCUACUGAUACCAUCUGUGAACGUUGCAAGAAAGGCUUUUUUUCCAACGUGUCCUCUACUUCUGAAAAGUGCCAUCCCUGGACCAGGUGCAAAGCCACAGGACUGGUGGAAGUUCAGGAGGGGACCGAUAAAACAGAUGUGCUCUGCGAAGACGGUCCCCAAUCUCGAAUGGGUUUCUUGGUGCUGAUCCCCAUCAUAGCAGGAAUUUUAUUUAUUAUCAUCGGCUUGCUGCACUGGAGAUGUCUGGGUUUCAAGGAGCCGAAGAACAAGGAUCUCCAGCUAGAGGAUAUGGGUAGAGAAAGUCCCCAGGAGAAUGAAGAGGAUCCCCUCCCUGUGCAGGAAACCUUACUUCGGGGCCAGCCAGUCACCCAGGAGGAUGGCAAAGAGAGCCGCAUUUCAGAACAAGAGGGACAGUGAGAGGCCAUGGGUGUCAGGGGCUGCCAAGGCCAGAACGGGGCCAAGUAUUGAGGCUCAGGACAUCUUGAGGUGGGGGGGAAGCUCCAGAGUACUGAGAGCAGCAUUAGCAGCAGCUCCUGUUCUGGAGGCAGAGAGAAGGGUAGAGGAAGGACUGGGGGGCUGCCUGUUUCCUGUCUGACCCUUGAAGUGCACAGUACAGAGGGUCCUGAGAUUUUUUUCCCCUUAGUAAUGACUUUAACAUUUCCAGGCCCCAGAUUUCCCCUCUUGGCCCUGCUGCUUUUGCAUAAGGAGGGAGGAAAAGAGAAAAUGGUCCAGUUAUCAGAAAAGGAAUUUCCACUGGCGCAAUGCCCCCACCUCUUGCCCAAAGCCACAAGAGGGGAUUCCUGGCAUGUGAAUACACAUUGCCCACAAAGCACUUUUGAUCCUAAGGCAGGUCCUUCUGACCCUUUCCAUGCAGAACAGGGGCAGCUUUACUCUUUGGCAUCCACCUCAAGGCCCAGGGGUCUUCCCACCCUAUCUCCUCUCCAUCUUAGCCACAGUGUGAGUGGCUGUUGCUACUGCUGCCAGGUGCAGUAGUGCCCUGUUCCCCACCUUCAGGGAGAACAUCAGGAUAAAAAUAUAACAUCCCGUUAUCUUCCUGCAGUACCAGCUGAGGGGGAGACCAGACAGGAGGAACAGAUGGGACAAGAGCCAAGGGAAGGGAGAAGUGGGGGGGGGCAGCAGUGGGAAGACUGCCUUAGCCCAUACUGGCUGGGCCACAAAUACAAGAAAGGUGUGGGGGUGAUGGUCAGGCCAGAGGCAGUCUGUCUUUGUAAGUGUUAUUUAUGAUCACUGAAAGGUGGGAUUGGGGCUGAGGUGUGAGAUUGGGGCUGCCUGGAAUGGUAUUGGGGUUGGCAUCUGUAAGUGGUUUGGAGAUUGAUCAAAUAAAAAUUUGAGGUCCA